CCGCUGGGUGAAAUGAGUGCCACCGCCUGGAAGCCAGAACCCUCCUCCGAGGAUAAUGAUGAUGACCACAAGGAGUCGAAGAAGAAGCAGAAGAAGGACGAGGCGAGUGGAUGGGCCUCGACCAGGCGAUACGCCAGAAUCCCCCUUAAAAUAAUGGCUGCUCUGGCCACUGUUUAUGUGAGCAUUCUGUCCUCGGAGCGGUACUUCUACUACUGGGUGCAGACCUCCAUCGAAAGGACCGACAUGCAUGUGUCCGAGAUCGAUUUCCCAGCCGUCACCAUUAUCCCGAUCCACUUGAGCAGCCUGAAUGCCGAGAAGCUCUCCAAGGCGUAUAACUUGGUUCAGUCUGUGGUCUGGCAAACACCGAUGUCCGCUCGCCUCACGGAUGAGAACUUCACGGAGUUCUCCGAACUGAACAACUGGAACAUGCAGAGCUGGGGUAUCUACCAGGCGCUGCAGAUGAACUGCCAGCACUUCUUCACCGAGUGCCAGUGGCGUCGCAAGGCGAUGAACUGCUGCGACCUAUUCCGACCCACCAAAACCUUCAAUGGCUUCGCCUUCGAGUUCAACUCACUGGUCUCCUCGGGAAGAGAUGAAACGUGGCCCUGGUCCGUGGCCGCAUGCGGAUCAUACAGCGGGCUGAAUGUGAAGAUCAAACGGUAUCAGGGUCUGUAUACGUUGAAUACAAUGGGGGUGAUAGUGCACGAACCCACCCAGUUGCUGGGCAUGAGCAUUGACUAUUCCUCGGAGGAUCGCAUCGUGGUUCCGGUGGAACCACUUCGUUUCACUGCCGAAUUGGAUGUCCGGGCACGUCCCGUUCAAAUGCGUCGUUGUUACUUUGAGAAUGAGAUCCCAGAGGGAAAAUCCCGUUCGGAGUGCAUCUACAAGUGCCACUUCAACUACAUCAUCAGCAAGUGCAACUGCUCCUUGGAACUGCCUGUGAAGGCCACUCAAGAUGAGGAAAACACUGCGGAUGCAAAGGAAAGCAACGGACGUAGAAUUUGCGGGAUGAAAGAUCUGGCCUGCUUCAAUCAGCACCGACUUUCCCUCUUUUCCAUGAGCAACAUCAUCGAAGAGUCCCGCGAUAACGUGUUCACCACCGUGGAUUGCGGUUGCUUUCCUCAGUGCGGUCACACCCAGUACCACACGUCGACCUACACGGAGAAGCUGAGCGCCCACACCACCCACGCCGCAGAGAUCGAGAUAGAUGUGUACUUCCAGGAGGAGACCCUCUUCUCCUACCGGUCCAUGCUCCGCUUCACGCUGAUCGACUUGAUGGGUGAGUUUGGGAUCAAUCACAGCUGCGAUGAAAUGUACCCAUCCCCUCCACUUGUAGUUUCCUAUGGAGGAAUAGCCGGCUUGAUCAUGGGCAUGUCGGUGCUAGGCUGCAUCAACAGCUUCUUGGAUCGCUUUGCCUGUUGUCGCGUACCCGAUGGCUCCUAGACCCAAGCUGGCACCAUGAAGUACCAGCCAUCAGCAGCUGGGUUCUCACGUUCCCACACUUACCUGUAAUCGAAGCACACACAAAUGCACCACUCACCUGGUUUCUUGGGAUGCGCACAUAAACAAAUCCAGGAAACAAAACGCAUUCGGAGAGCUACCUGCACGGCAGUGGAAAAUUUUCAGGUGCAGCUCCAACCAGACAUAACAAAACUGUAGGCUUUCUUCACGUGCACUCAGAAAAACAAAUUGAAUAAGAAUGUUCUUUUUAAAUCCUCGAAAUCCAUUUUCAAUUUCGAAGUAUGUUUUGGUAGCUUGAAACAUUGAGUACAUAAAUUCCUUAUAGAGCACAUAUCUUCAAUAAAAUGCC